AUGAAUGACCGAGCAGAUUACGAUGACCUCGCCUGGGACCGAAAUGAUGAGGAGAGGGGUCAACUGGAAACCCCCUUUCUCUGUCUUUCCACGCUAAAGACUCUCGAAGCUGUCGUGGGGGCAGCUUUUGCUGGAGAGGCAAGAUGGGUGCGUCCUGUAAACAUUGGCGGAUGGAAUAUCGUGUUUGUCUUAGAGCUUGUGGCAUCAAAAUCACGGGUAGUGAUCCGUGUGCCGAGACCUCACGUGGCGCUUUUUGCCAGAGAAAAAACCUCUCUGGAAACUGCGACGAUGAAGUUCCUGUCACAGCACACCAAGGUUUCGAUGCCGAAGCUGUUAUCUAGUGGCCAGCAUGCCGACGUUGGCUACUACAUGAUCCUUGAAUUUGUUGAAAACACCGGUUUGCUAUCGCGCGCUUUAGCGAAGCCCAACGAAGAUGAUGAGGAAGCUCCCACCCUGAACAUGGCAAUGCUUGACUAUGAGCUUGAGGCUCACCUCUAUGACGUGGCGGUCCAUGUACGGCAUUUCUUCCAGCCUAGCUUUUCAGCUGUCGGAUCGUUGAAUCACACUCCGGAUGGUCUUUUUGUGGUGGGCGGCAGGCCGCUCACUCAAAACAUGUACAACAUGGUAUAUCUCGCCAACAUACCUCCCAGUGUGCUGCCGGCAGAAGACAAAAUUUAUCACACAGCGGAUGACUGGUACACUGCGUUGGCGGAAAUGCACAUGCUGCAGCUGACCUUUCAGCACAAUGACCUGGUCAAAGAUGAAGAUGACUGCCGGGACAAGUAUAUCGCCCGCCACCUAUUUUUAAAGCUUGCUCGCGCUGGCAAGCUAUCGACGUUUGGCUUCACAGAUGAUACAUGGUCCGCCCAGUCAAAGGGCAAUCUGCGGGGCCGCUGCAAAGCUCCAAGAAAUACGGGACCGUUCUCUAUUUGGUGUGAUGAUUUUCGGCCCGCCAAUAUACUGUUACACGAAGGACGCGGCAACGGCAGCACAGUCAUCGACUGGGAAUUCACAUAUGUUGCUCCCACGCAAUUCGCCUUGGACCCGCCUUGGUGGCUGUUACUAGAUGUACCAGAGAUGUGGCACUCGGGCAUGGAGGAUUGGGCGCAACAAUAUGGCCGGUGUCUGAAUGUCUGGCUUCAGGCCAUGAAAAGGGCAGAGCAGAACUCAGACGAAACACCAAGUGGCUAUUUACUUUCAAUGUACAUGCAGGAAAGCUGGACAACUGGUCGAUUCUGGCUAAACUAUGCUGCACGGAAAAGCUGGGCGUUUGACAGCAUUUUCUGGAGGUACUUAGAUGAAUGUUUCUUUGGCAAGCGGCCGCAUGACCCUGAUGGCCAGAAACCGCUGUGGAGAAGAAGGAUAGGACUGCUAAAUCGUACGGAAAGGAUAAAUAUGGAGGCGUUUGUGGAGAGGAAAAUGAAAGAGUCUCAAGUCAAGGGCCUCCGGACUUGGAGUGAGCAAGAAGCUCUAGAACGCAAAGCUGAGGUCUUGUUCAACCAUGACCAGGGACCGCUUCGCCAGUUCUGUGCCACCGUCGUCAGACUGAUGGGCCAUGUGCAGGUUAUGGUCGGUAAUCUUCGUGGUAAUGGCCCGUAA